ACUCUAGUUUCUGUCUUCCUUUAAACUCUUGUGACUCAAGACUUGUGUCUUCAGCUGAUCGUAGAAGAUCAAUUUUAUUAUGGAUCAAUUAGCCAACGAUUUAAGCUUUGCCAUAAUUGAUGUUGAAGAUUUAAAACAGGAAUUGCCAUCGAGAUUAAUGCCCCCAGAUGGACGAAUUAUCAAACCUAUUAGAGAUAAAAUGCCAACCAAUUCUGUGUCUUCAACAGAUGUUGCCAAGAAAUCAUCUUGUGGCUCAAAAGUGAAAUUAGCUAAACCUGUCCUACGGUCUGCCUCCAUUUUGCUACGGUCUAAAAAGUUAAUUCUAAGUGAUUCGGAAUCAGAUGAAGAAAAAUCUGGAGAUCCUCUUUGUUAUCAAAACAAAGAAAUUAAAGAGAUUCCAGGACCUUUUGGUGAUUGUGGUAGUUUGUCAAGAAAACAUCGAAUGAAGAAGCAUAAAAGGAAAAAAGAAUCCAAAGACGAAAGACUAUUUGGACAAUUAUGUGUUGGGCAGACAAGUUUCGCCCAAUAUUUUGGUAAACGUAAACGAAGUACAACUGUCAAUCAGCAAUCGACAUCCAAUUUUUCAGAAGAUUCACACAAUAUUCUUGAUGAACAUGGCAACAAUGGAAAUUCUUGUGAAUUAAAUUCAAUGGAUUGUGAAUCACAGAGUUGUGAUUCUUCAUCAUUAUCAGAAUCUGUUUGCGACUCUGAUCACUUUGUUGAAGCUGAUGAUGAACAAUCAGAUUUUUAUGAAGUCAUGUCUAGAUCAAAUAGAGAUAUUUGUAAACCAAGUUCCAGUGGCAAUUGCGAUACACCUGAGAGCUCCAAGUCAAUAUCCAGGACUAAAUAUAGUCCAUCUAUACCGAUACCCCAGAACCCAUUUGCUUCGGUUCCACCAACACCAUCAUCUUCAUACAACUCUUUAACUGGUGGAUCAUCAUCUAUACUUUGGAAAAGACGUCGUCGUAAUCAUUGAACUGGUCUAAAAUAUCGCUGUAAUCAUGUUUUCCUGCUCAUUUCUUGUGUGAAGCAUUGAAAAAAUACAUUGGCGCAAUGGUUGACAAGAUCAUCUUUCAAUGUAAAUUUUCUCACUUGCCGAUUCCGACGUCUCAGAGACUUGGACUCGGAUUGCACAAGUUUCAAGGCUUAUUCGCCUGAUUUUUGCAAUAAAUUUCGCUCAUGAUUGAAUAGUUUGGUGGGUUAUCUUUUAACGAAAUCAAAGGUUCAAAUCAUUUUGAAAUUAAUUAAAUUUACUAAUUUUUUUACACAA